UCUACUCAACUUUUUUUCUCUAGUCCUGAGGAAGGGUCUCGGCCCGAAACGUCGACUGAAACAUCUCUUCCUAGAGAUGCUGCCUGGCCUGCUGCGUUCACCAGCAAUUUUUAUGUGUGUUGCUUGAAAUUCCAGCAUCUGCAGAUUUCCUCAUGGUCGUGUUGUUUGCCUCCUGAGCUGUUCGUGUGGCGUGCGGCCGCUGGCCGGGAGUGUCGCUGUCGGCAGAUUGCGGCCGCUGGCCGGGAGUGUCGCUGUCGGCGGAUUGCGGCCGCUGGCCGGGAGUGUCGCUGUAGGCGGAGUGCGGCCGCUGGCUGGGAGUGUCGCUGUCGGCAGAGUGCGGCCGCUGGCCGGGAGUGUCGCUGUCGGCAGAGUGCGGCCGCUGGCCGGGAGUGUCGCUGUCGGCGGAUUGCGGCCGCUGGCCGGGAUUGUCGCUGUAGGCGGAGUGCGGCCGCUGGCCGGGAGUGUCGCUGUCGGCAGAGUGCGGCCGCUGGCCGGGAGUGUCGCUGUCGGCGGAGUGCGGCCGCUGAAGAGACGCGAGCAGUUUCUUGCUUCAGGCCUGAGCUGUGGUUCUCGCUGAUAUUUGCGGAGUUUGCUGAGGAAGCUUACGGCGUUGGCUCGAUUUGCAGCAGUUUUCAAAAGCAGCUGGAGUUUUGGCGGUUGUCAGCAAGUGGCACCAUGGUGGAGGAAGUGCAGAAACACUCAGUACACACACUGGUGUUCAGAUCACUGAAGCGAACCCAUGACAUGUUUGUUAGUGAUCAUGCAAAGCCUAUUGCAGUUGAUGAGAAAAGUUACAAGCUCAAGAUGAAUGUGAAGUUGCAAACAGAGUACAGUCCUGUGCUUCACAUGCCUGUACUUAAAGAAAUCAGAGAAAAAAGUUCUCAGUCUGAUUCCUAUAAUCAUGGACAUUAUAGCCUAAAUCAAGAUCAAGAACCUGAAUAUGUUAUAACUGGUACUCAUCCAUACCCAUCAGGUCCAGGAGUAGCAUUGACAGGUGAUACACAGCUGCAAAAAAUACCCAGUGAAGCAAGCACUCAUGCAUUGGCUAUGGCAAUUCCAUCUUCAAAAUCCAGGCAAGAAGUUAAUCAUACCGCUGCCAGUGUUGCUGACAUCCACAGACAUGCAGGCAUUGCUGAACGUUCACAGCCUCCAGUGUCUUCCAUGGCUGUGUUGGAAGCUGGAGGCACAAAGAAUUCCUCACAAAUAGCAAGAAAACUUCCUACAAUGCCAAAACCACAAUGGCAUCCACCUUGGAAACUCUACAGAGUCAUCAGUGGACAUUUGGGCUGGGUGAGAUGUCUUGCAGUGGAACCUGGCAAUCAGUGGUUUGUUACUGGCUCAGCUGAUAGAACUAUUAAGAUCUGGGAUCUAGCUAGUGGUAAAUUGAAGCUGUCCUUGACUGGGCACAUCAGCACUGUACGUGGAGUGGCAGUCAGUUCACGCAGCCCAUAUCUUUUUUCCUGUGGAGAAGAUAAGCAAGUGAAAUGCUGGGAUCUGGAAUAUAACAAGGUUAUUCGUCAUUACCACGGUCAUUUAAGUGCAGUGUAUGGGCUUGAUUUGCAUCCUACUAUUGAUGUCUUGAUAACAUGUGGCAGAGAUUCAACAGCAAGGGUAUGGGACAUUCGAACAAAAGCAAAUGUACACACGUUAACAGGGCACACAAAUACCGUAGCAACUGUGAAGUGCCAGGCUGGAGAACCACAGAUUAUUACAGGAAGCCACGACACAACUAUACGGCUGUGGGACUUGGUAGCAGGGAAAACUAGAGUCACUUUAACCAAUCAUAAGAAGUCUGUUCGUUCUCUCAUUCUCCAUCCAAGACAGUAUACUUUUGCUUCUGGUUCUCCAGAUAAUAUAAAGCAGUGGAAGUGUCCAGAUGGUAUUUUUAUUCAGAAUCUACCCGGUCACAAUGCUAUCAUCAACGCACUUGCUGUCAACUCAGAUGGCGUGCUAGUAUCUGGAGCUGACAAUGGCACUAUGCACCUUUGGGACUGGAGAACUGGGUACAACUUCCAACGAAUACAUGCUGCUGUGCAGCCAGGUUCCUUGGAUAGUGAAUCUGGGAUUUUUGCAUGCACCUUUGAUCAGUCAGAAAGCAGGUUACUUACGGCAGAAGCUGAUAAAACAAUCAAAGUCUACAAGGAAGAUGACAUGGCUACUGAAGAAACCCACCCUGUCAACUGGAAACCAGAGAUCAUCAAAAGGAAGAGAUUUUAAGAACUUCAUUUCUUGCAGUUUUGUUUUCCAUCUGGCUGGAAAUGUUUCAAAUUUAGUUUAUCUUGGUUAUAUAUUGUAUCCUAUAAUAAAUUGUACAAAUCUGACAAUGAUGCAUAUAGUGAUAUAAUGAGACAGCAGAUAAUGA